AUGGCGCAAGCUGCAGCAGACCGCCAGGGCGCCCAGACCGGCAAGAUCGCCGAUAUCCCCACUCUUCAAAAGAUUCAACUUUCUCUGUUCAUGUCAACCAGCUCUGAAUCAUCUGAAUCAUGGGCUUGA